UUUGUCCCUCGCCGUCCGCCGUAGCUCUGCCUGCUGGCUGAAAAGGCGGAAGUUCCAGCAGGCUAACUUCCCUGAGUCCAAUAAUUCAUUCCCGUUUCUGGGAGAAAGGCUGAAAGGGAAGCAGCGUCACCUGCCAGACAUGUCUACUGCCUACAAGAACAGGAUCCAAGAGUUCAAAUCGGCUUUGGGAGAGGAAAGCAUCAACCUGACGACGCUGAGGGAGCUGAGCUUCAGCGGAAUCCCUCAUGAGGAAGGACUGCGCUCGCUGUGCUGGAAGAUUCUGCUGAACUACCUGCCUCUGGACCAGACGUUAUGGGAUUCCUUCCUGAAGAAGCAGAGAGAGGUUUACUCCCAGUUCCUCAGAGAGAUGAUCAUCCAGCCCGGUAUCGCCAAGGCCAACCUGGGUCUGUCCAGAGCCGACGUCACGCUGGAGGACCACCCGCUGAACCCGAACCCGGACAGCCGCUGGAACACGUACUUCAAGGAUAACGAGAUUCUGCUGCAGAUCGACAAGGAUGUGAGGCGGCUGUACCCGGACAUGGCAUUCUUCCAGCGGCCCACCGACUAUCCGUGCCAGCUGAUCCUGGACCCGCAGAACGACUACGAGACGCUGCGGCGCCGCGUGGAGCAAACCACGCUGAAGGCCCAAACCGUGAACCGGAACCGGAGCGGAGUCACCAACGUCAGCUCACCAGGAAAGUCUCUGAACCUGUACCCGUCCAAUGAGUACGAGGUUCUGCCCAGCGGCAGCGAGGCGCACUGGGAGGUGGUGGAGCGGAUCCUCUUCAUCUACGCCAAGCUGAACCCGGGCAUCGCUUACGUCCAGGGCAUGAACGAGAUCGUCGGGCCAAUCUACUACACCUUCGCCACCGACCCCAGCAGCUCCUGGAAAGAGCACGCCGAGGCCGACACCUUCUUCUGCUUCACCAACCUGAUGUCAGAGAACCGCGACAACUUCAUCAAGAGUCUGGACGACUCUCAGUGCGGCAUCACCUGCAGGAUGGAGAGCGUCUACGCCAUGCUGCGCGACAAGGACCAUGAGCUCUUCCUCAAACUGGAGGAGCAGAACAUCAAGCCUCAGUACUUCACCUUCCGCUGGCUCACCCUGCUGCUGUCCCAGGAGUUCCUGCUGCCGGACGUCAUCCGGAUCUGGGACUCCCUGUUCUCCGACCGGGACCGCUUCCACUUCCUGCUGCUGGUCUGCUGCGCCAUGCUCAUACUGAUCCGGGACAGCUUGCUGUCCGGAGACUUCACCACCAACAUGAGGCUGCUGCAGGAUUAUCCGAUCUCAGACGUCCACCUCAUCCUGACCAGGGCCAAAGAGCUGCAGGAGAACUGCUAACCUGGACGAAGGUAGGAGGUCAGACUGAGAGCCAGGUCAAAGGUCAAACCUGCUUCAUCAUCCGUCAUGGCAACAAUCCUCUUCUUCCCUACGAACUGAUCAGAAAAUAUCGUUUUAUUGAUCAUCUGGAGGAGGAGGAGCCAAAACGAUUCAACACUACAGAGCCGGUUGCCAUGACGACUGCUGGAGGAGAGUCCAGCGAAUAUCGCAGAUCUUCUGAGGCGUUGCUUCGUUUUUCUAAUGUCAGAAACUUUUGGGCCUUUAUGGAGCAGGAAGUGACCAGGUCCAUUUCCUGUCAGUGUUUAACUUCUCUACAGGAGAACAUUCGGUUCUGUUUCUGCUUCUCCGGGACGGAUUCAGUAGAACCGGUUCUUCAGCUCAACAGAACCUCCAGGAUUUCUGGUCAGAGACUUUCUGAAGGUCCAGAACCAGCAGCAGGUACCAGAUACUCAGAACCAGAGUUUGGACUUCACUAUGAGACCAGAUGGACCGCCAUGCUGCAUGUUUUUCACCUUUAGCCCAUGGUUCUGGGUCCAGUUCUGGUUCGGUUCUGGAUCUGGUUUUUGGUUCCGGGUACAGACUAAUAUCUGGUGAAGUUCUGUCUGGUAUGAAUCGUCUCUGGAGCCUUUACAGUUUUUCUGCUGGUGCUCAGAGAACAGAUUUCAGUUCAAACCCAAGUAAACAGGAAACCUCUGGUCAGUAUUGUGCAAAGGUUUUAAACCACCCACUUCCUGUGAUCCAGAUGUUCCUGAGAUCUUUUACUGGUUUGAAUCAACGGUUCUCCAGAAUUCCUGAUGGUCUCAGUCCAGAUUUUACACCUUAGACAUGUCAGACCUUGAAGAAUCGAUUCUCCAGUGAAGUUUGGUGACUGACGGGUGAAAAUGUGCUGCAAAUGCCAAAAACCUGAAUGCAAACCAAAAUGGCUGCAGUCACAGGAAACAGUAGGCUGUCUGUUGCCUUCCACUCAAUUCUCAACUCUCUUCACUGCUGAGUCUGGGAUUCCUCCCAUUGAUUUGGAUUUCUCCAGAAAAAAUUCAGGCCAAUCAGUGAACAGAAGAAGUUCUGAACAAAAAUGUUGAUUUUCUAAUCUGCUUUAGAGUCAUAGUCCAUCUGUAGUUUCUGCGACGGCAGCAGAGGAAGUGAAGGAAGCCGGUCAGUUCAUGGUCAGAACCGACUUACAGAUGUUGAAUUAUUAACAGCCUCGUUCAGAUCGGCUCUUCCCUCUUCCCAGUGGAGGAUGAUUGUUUACAGGGCAGAACAUUUCUGGUAAACUUCAUAUCAUUGAACUGAUGCAUUACGUACGUCACAGCCAAACAUGAGUGAUUGUGUAAAUUUUCAAAUGUCAACAGAGGAAACAGGAAGUGAUCUGUUCUAAAGAGUCCAGAUCAUCUGGAGGAAGCAAAGCAUAGAAACAAAAGGCAGGUUAAAUUUCAUAAGGAAACGAACCAAAAUGGAAAACGCUGCAAACUUGUUUCAUCAAACAGAAGUCCUCCAGACCACAAGGGGGAGCCGACUAGAAGAAAGCUGGAGGAAGAAAGAGAGGGUGUGUUUCACUUCACGACUUUUUCAGAGUAUAUUACAUUAUUAUAUAACCACAGCGUAUCAACAUGUUUAUAUUACCAACUCCAGACUCCCCCUGCUGGCGAGGAGGACUUCUGUUUAGUGAGUUAGGUUGCAGCUUUUGCUCUUUUUUACAAUUUGCAGCAUUUUCUGUGGGAGUAAGAGGUUUGUUGAUUGAUUUAUUUUUGUCUUUGCAGGUUUUUUCUGUUGCAUUUUAUGUUUGUGUUUUUGAGCCUAAAUCAUUUAUUAGUUUGUAGCACAUUAGCAUCAUGAGGUCACAUCUAGAAUCUCCUUCAGUCCCGAUCAAGACUUUCUCUAGGGGAUAAACUCUCUGGUCUCUGAUGUCUACCACAUGUUGAGUUGGUUUUACCUGAACAAAUUGUUAUGGUGCUAACUACCGUUAGCCAUGCUAGCUGCUAACAAGGAGUCUCUGUGUAUUUACACAGUGAAGAAACAUUUUAAUCAUGUUUGCUCAUUGGGUUGACGCUACGCUGACAUCAUGCUUUAAGUUUAUAUGAUUUUUCUGGAUUAUUUGAGUCUGAGUUAAAAAAGUUCUCUGGAAAUGAGUGAAGAAACACAAAAACUGGAGAACUUGUUGAUCCAAACCACUUUGAACGAUUUAUAGGAACAAUCUGGAAGUUAUGAGGGUUUGGUUUUAGAUUGGGCAUUAAGAAUAAAACCUUGGGCUCUUAUGUUGAUCAUCUCAUUAAGAACUGAGUGUUUAUAAACAUUUCUUUAAAAUCCAGGAUAUAAAUCUGAUUUUUUCUCCCUCCUAAACAAAAACAAAACAACAAAACCUUUUUUUUUCUUGCCAAAUGAGCCAAAAGUGUUUUUAUCUUCCAAACCAUGAAGUCACUGUUUAUUAUUUAGAAAGCGCCACAGUAAAGGUUUUACUGCUUUUAUGACACUAAAUGCAUCAUCAGACAUUUAUCUACUGAAGGAGGAUCUUUAAGCUCUUUACAUGCGAUGCAUCAUAACGGCGUAUUACAGGAACAUUUCUGAGCCCAACUGUACAAAAUUCUGGGUAUUUUCCAGUUUCUGCUGCAAACAGUUUCUCUGAAAGGAUCCUGUGGAUUAAAGUGCAAUCUAAAACUGAGCCACUAGAUGGCUCCACUUGGGCAGAAUGUAUAAACUCCAUCAUCUGAACCUCAUCUGGUUUGGUUUGAUGCUCAGAUACCAGAAAGAACAACGACAUCCCGACCGAACUGGAUCAGGAUGAAAACUGAUUAAUCAUGUUGAGAAAAUCUCUAAAUUAAUGUUGGCUUAUAUUGACUGAACAUCUGAGGUUAUUAGAGCCCUUUGGAACAAAACAAAUGAAGUUUACUUACAUGGAAACCAGAGUCGGUUCUGGUUCUGUCGUCCAGCUUUGAUCCAAACACCAAAGACUCAGAAUUUGCUGGUUUCUGGUCCCGUUUUCAGGAUCUGCUGCUGGUUUUUGGGAGAAAUUUGAAGCUUUUGUCAUUUUUCCCUCCUGAUGAUCAAACCUUUCAGGAAAAGUUUCUGUAACGUUGUUGAGUUUAAAUCACCAACAGAUGAAGUUACAAAGCUCCACAUUCAGACCAAAACAAACUGAAAGUGUCUAAAGUGCACAAAGGUUUUUACUUUGAGGGAUUGUUACCAACAACGUCCUCAUCAGUUUAAUGUCUAUUUAUUUCUCCUGAUGCUUUUCUGUUGGAUUGUUGAAUAAAACUUGUCUUUUUGUUA